GUUGUCAGGCGGGGUCGUGGACAGACGCGGCGUCCACGGCCACGCAGGCGCAGUGGCGGGUGUUGUCAGGCGGGGUCGUGGACAGACGCGGCGUCCGCUCCUCCGCCUCCCCGCCCCGCAGAACCUCCCGCCAUGGCCCGCAGCUCCGAGGUGCAGCUGCCGCCGCUCCGCACCCUCGACGACUUCGUCUGCAGCUCGGCCCGCUUCAGCCUGCCGGACCUGAAGGACCCGCUGCGCUGGAACAACCGGGUGAUCAACAACCUGCUAUACUACCAGACCAAUUAUCUGGCAACGGUCGCCGCCAUUCUCCUGCUGGUCGGGUACAUCGAGCCGCUGAAGACGCUGCUGGGAGGGUUGGUGGUCAUGCUGCUUUUCCUGGGCUUUGUGUGGUCGGCGGAGAACAAAGCAGCCGUCCGGAGACUGCGCAGGAACCACCCGACCCUGUGCCUCCUGGCCGUGCUGCUGGCCAGUUACUGCCUCCUCUCUGUGGUUGGGGGCGUCGCUUUCUUCCUCUUCGGAAUCACCUUCCCCAUGCUCAUUCAUUUAUCAUUUGCUACUGUCCCAAGGCGGUUCAUUUCGAAUCACCUCUGUACUCUCAAGCUUACAGCAGAGAACGCUGAGACGGGUUGCAAUAGAGGUGUAGAAGAUGUGUGCGUCCAUGCAAGAGGAUCAAUGAUGGUACAUACCUGUACAAGAGACAGAGACUGCAUCAACACAUUUAUUAAUUUUAAUCCAUGCUUCCCUGCGCCUCCGGAACCUGAAGAACAAAAUCGAGAACAAGAUCGAGAGCAUCGGCUUGAAGAGGACACCUAUGGGAAUCCUGCUGGAAGCUCUGGGACAAGAGCAAGAGGCUGGCUCCUAAACACCAGGAGGAGACAUUGCAGACAGCGAAUCAGGAAGAAAGCUGAGCGUCAUUGCUUCGCUCUCUCAGACUCACUGCCAACAAAACAGUAUCUUCGAUGUUUCCCUGCUCCAUCACGCACUCGCACCUUAUACCUCGCAGUAAACCUGGGUCCACUGGAGAUGGUGUUGGUUAACCAGCCCACAUCUCCACCUCCAAUGUCUGUCCUGGGGUCUCUCUGACCCUGGUUGUUCUUAAGCUCUGCCGGUCUUAUUCCUGGGAUGCUCGUGCAUGGCUGAACUAUCUCCCCGUUUCUCUGCGUAUAACCUUGUGCUGUAUCUAUGUCAUGGGUUCAGUGUCGAGGCAGCUUUACUCUGUACCUAACCCCCAUGGUGUACUUGUCCUGGGAGUCCUUGAUCGCGAUGGUGUCCAGGAAUUUUAUUUUCAUCUUAAAAGAGUUGAGGAAGAUUUACUUUCAAUUUUACUUACAGUUUAACCAAGAGUAGAGGGCUUUACUCUGUAACUAACCCCAUGCUUUCCCCGUCCUGAGAGUAUGCAAUGGGGACAGAGUAGAGAAAGCUUUGCUCUGUAUCUAAUAUCAUGGAGGGGGAGGUGAUAAACUGAGGAAUUGAAAAGCCAUCUGCCCAAAAAUCCCAGAAAACAAUUAAUUAUGGACCCUGAGUUCUUGCCUUUUGUACAAUGACUGACAUUCCGGAUUAAUGAUGGAUCACUGUUGAAAUGGUUUUGGUUCUGUCCAGACAGGAACUGUUAAGCGUUUUUGGUUCUCGAUAAUGUCUGUCAGCCUUAUUCCAGGCAUUGCUUGUCUCUGCAAUGUAUGAGUAGUGUGUAAUAUUAUAUUUUAUGUAUAUACACCUUGGCAUUAUAUUAAAAGUUAUUCCCUCUAGUGUCAGGAC